CCCUCAGAGAAAUGUUCAAUUUAGAGCGAGGCCUGUUCUGCAUAAUUUCCUGGUUGGUGGACUGAGGAGUGAUUACAGCUGAUGUGAAUGCCUACCACUAUUUAAGGGAACCUAAAACAUUUCAGAGUUUCAGUCUACAAGAAAGAAGGUACAGUUUCUGCCAUUAGCAUCGGUGUUCUACUGAGGGAAUAAAAGAAGGAGUGGCAGAAAUGUGGAAUCAAACUGCAGGAAUACCACCGCAACAACAGCCACAAGGCUGCCCCAUUGCACCGGUUCCUGGGACAAACACAUAUCCCACUGGGCCGAACAUGCAGCCGUGCCCUACUCCGGGUUACCCUGGGUCUGUUCCUCACCCAUCUGUUGGUUACCCUGGCAACGCGCCAGGAGGGUGUCCAGGUGAAAGUGGGCACCACCCCCACGGGGGCCACCAUCAUGGGCACCCCCCAUGUGGACCCACGCCACCUGGGCAGCCAGGAAUGAUGUCCGGAGGCCCCGGUUGUCCAUCUCAGCGGCCUGGCGUCUGCUCUGGAAAAAAGAAGAAACACUGUAAAAAUAACUCUGGCCACCACUGUCACAAGCAAGGUCGAGAUUCAAGCAGUUCAGAUUCGGACUGAGGAACGGAUGGACGGUGCAACCUGGAAAGAAACGCUUUGGAGGUGAUCAAAACAUAAGAAAAUGAAAGCUCAAGAAUUGUAAUUAGCCCCGCUUCCCUUUCCCCUACUCCUAGCCUUUAGUCUGCACUGGCCUUUUCUAUUUCUGCAAAAUUAAUUUUUUUUAUAUAAAGGAAAAGGCAAUGAUUGUCAUGGAUAGUUGAAUUUUAAUAGCACACACCUGAAAAACAGAACAGGUUAUUUUGAUAAUAAUGAUAGCAUUUGUUAAGCGCUUACUAUGUGCCAAGCACCGUUCUAAGCGCUGAUCAUAGUACAUGGACUAAUUAUUAGUAUACUGCUGCAUUGUGCUUAUACACAAAAAUGGGUGGAUGGUUGGGAAAUGAUUAAAGUGUUUCAUGUUAUAUCUCGAUGGAUUCGUAGCUCAGUGAGAGACUGUCUGGUUCAUUAAAUUUGUCCCGAGUUUCAUCUUCAGGGAUGCAAAAGACUAAUCCUAGAUCUGCCGUGGUUCCCGGAGUAUCCCCAUGCCGGUGGCUUCCAUCCUAAGCCUCAAUUUCUUUGUUUGGAACAUGAAGAUAAUGAUAAUGAUAAUGAAGAUAAUAACUCUUAAAGCUUGUGUUAAAAGAAAAUAAAUAAAAACUAGGAUGAAGCACUUGU